UGGAAGAUUUUCUCCAAGGAUAGGAGCUGCAAGUUAAAGAAAGUUAAGCAAUAUUGUCUUUCCUUUGAAUAUCCAGAUGGAGAACAAGGAGGACAAAGCUAGUAAAUUAUCUGAUGAUCAUAAGACUAAGGCCAUCAAAUAUAGAGGAAUUAGAGCCAUGCCCUUCAUCAUUGGAAAUGAGGCUUUCGAGAAGAUUGGCACCUUGGGCACCAUAUCAAACUUGCUGGUGUAUCUCACGACUGUGUUCAACAUGAAGAGCAUCACGGCCGCGACGAUUAUUAAUAUCUUCCAGGGCACCACAAACAUGGCUCCUUUGCUUGGUGCUUUCCUCUCUGACACUUACUUUGGACGUUACAAGACGCUGGCCUUUGCUUCCAUAGCCUCUUUCUUGGGAAUGGCUGUUUUAACACUGACCGCAGCAAUCUACAAAUUGCACCCUCCAAAAUGUUCCACUUCAGAUAUUGGCACAUGUGUUGGACCGACAACCGGGCAAUUAGCCUUCCUCCUCAGUGGUUUCGGCUUUCUAGUUAUUGGAGCUGGAGGCAUCAGGCCUUGUAACUUGGCCUUUGGAGCAGACCAGUUUGAUCCUUCCACCGAAUCCGGGCAAAAGGGUAUCAACAGUUAUUUCAAUUGGUUCUACUUCACCUUGACAUUUGGUAUGCUGGUAUCUGUCACUGUAGUUGUCUACGUUCAAUCAAGUGUGAAUUGGGCCAUUGGGCUAGGAAUCCCGGCAGGCUUAAUGGUGUUGUCAUGUGUAUUAUUUUUCAUGGGUUCAAGAAUCUAUGUCAAAGUGAAACCUGAGAGUAGCCCUCUUGCUAGAGUGGCACAGGUUAUAGUUGCUGCCACAAAAAAGCGUCAUUUGCAGCUGCCUGACGAUGAGCCUAGAAAGCUCUGUCUUUUUAACUAUAUGCCAGACGAUUCUAUCAACUCCAAGCUGCCACACACAGAUCAAUUCAGAUUUCUUGACAAGUCCGCAAUCUUAACUCCCGAGGACCAAAUAAAUUCUGAUGGGUCAGCAGCCAACGCAUGGAAACUUUGCAGCAUCCAGCAAGUGGAAGAGGUAAAGUGUUUGGCUAGAGUUAUCCCCGUAUGGGCAUCAUCCAUUAUCUUCCAAACUUCAUUGGUCCAACAAAGCAUCUACGUAGUUUUCCAAGCAUUUCAAUCUGACAGAAGGCUCGGUAGUGGCGGCUUCAAGGUGCCUGCAGCAUCUUAUACAGUCUUUCAAAUGCUGAGCCUUACAUUAUGGAUUCCUCUAUAUGAUCGCGUGUUGGUUCCGUCUCUUCGAAGACUUACUGGAAAACAAGGUGGAAUCACAUUGCUUCAAAGAAUGGGAAUUGGGAUUAUUUUCUCACUCAUUACAAUGCUUCUCUCUGGUUUAGUUGAGAAGCAGAGACGGAAUUUGGCUCUUACAAGGCCAACACUUGGUGUUGCACCAAAAGGGGGUGGUAUAUCAUCUAUGUCUGGCUGGUGGCUAGUCCCGCAGCUUUUUCUCUCUGGAAUUUGUGAGGGUUUCAAUUCCAUUGGUCAGAUUGAAUUUUACUAUAAGCAAUUCCCUGAAAAUAUGAGAAGCAUUGCUGGUUCUUUCUUCUUCCUUGGCCUUGCAGGGUCUAGUUACCUAAGUGGCUUUCUUGUUUCCAUAGUGCACCAUAUCACGUCAAGAACUGAAGCUGGGGACUGGUUACCUGAAGAUCUAAACAAAGGAAAAUUGGAUUACUUCUAUUACUUGAUUGCUGCUUUGGGGUUCAUUAACUUUGUUUACUUCCUAGCCUGUGCUAAGUGGUACAGAUAUAAAGCUGCUGAUGAAACCAUUGGAUUGAGUGCCACUGGAGAAAAGCAGACUGAAAAGCUCAUUGUCUGAUAGCACAAGAAUUUGCUACUAGUUUUUAUAGAUAAUUAAAAAGCAAGAAAUAAGCAGAGGAACUACAGCUGUACCGAAUGCUGUCUGCAAUGUGAUUGCCGUUGUAUUCUGAAUCAUAUCAGUAAUUGUAAGAAUAAUGUUCACCUCUAUGACGGAGCAGAAUCUGGCAUUAACAUCAAUUUUCUCUCUCCGGAAACUGAAAUUUCCAAGUCCAGAACAUCUAUCGAUAAAUCAUGCCUAGAAUGCACUUUUCUGCUUGUUUUAAGUCUU